AUGCAACCCUUCACUGGGUUUAGAUUAUGCCUACUCUGCCAAUCUGCUGAUGAAUCUCAUGACCACAUCUUUUUUUUCUGCACCUUCACCAACCCAAUUUGGAGAUUCCUACAAUCCAAGUGUCGAUUGCAUGUUGUGCCCAAUUCUUGGGUCGACUUCAUCAAUUGGGUUUCUCAUCAAUGGAGAGGGCGGAAUCUGGAAAACUUGAUCAACAAGCUUGUGCUCUCCACCACUGUCAAUCAGAUCUGGAUGGAGCGCAAUGAACGGGCCUUCACAAACCAAAGAAAAUCGCAAAAUAGGGUGUUAAAUCGAUCUAUGGAAUUGGUGAAAUGGAGAUUACUAUCUAUAAGUGUGAAAGACUCACCUUCUGCGAGGAGAAUCGUGCUUGAUUGGGACCUUCCUCAGUCCUUCAUCAAACCACCGCCGGAGCUGGAUUGA